AUGGCCCGCAUGUCAACCCUAAUUUCAGCCUUUGCCAUCUUGGGAACUUCCCAAGCUGUUAGGUUUCUCGGGCGGGUAAAUCCAGCAACACGGGAAUUGACUUGGCCUGCUACUGGCCUUUCCUUCUCAUUUACGGGAACUUCAGCAAGUGUGGCGGUAAACUCGAUUUCAGGCACUAAUAGUGUCGAGGUACUUAUCGAUGGAGGCACUCCGAUCAUUAUCGAAAACGUGAACGGAACGAGCAUCAGUACGCCCUCCCUUGUGCGAGGUCAACACACCGUUCAGAUUCGCAAAAGGUCGGAAACUGUUUACGGUACCUUUGCCCUUGGCGAUGUGAAAAUAUUCCGUGGCUCGCUCGGCGCCGACUCCGUUUCACGGCGACGGAUCCAAAUCAUCGGGGAUUCCAUCUCUGUAGGCUAUGGUUUAGAUGGGACUUAUCCUUGUACCAAUUCCGCGUUUCUCGAGAACGCACCCAAAACCUACGGCGCUCUAACGGCCAAAAGCCUGUCGGCUGAGUAUGAUAUUCUUGCCUGGUCCGGGAUAGGGUUGAUACGAAACACCAUCGGCUCCAGCGAUCCCGUGCUCAUGCCGCAGUUAUGGACUCGCUACGGCACCAAUGACGCAGACAACAGCUACACGUUCCCCAGGGCUGAGACCCCGGACAUUGUUGUUAUUAAUCUGGGCACCAACGACUUCUCGUACCUUGGCGUCCGUGACCCGGUCAAUGCAACAAUGCUCACCGACGGCAUGAUUGCAUACGCAGAGACGAUACGCAGCCAUUACCCCAAAGCAGAGCUUUUCCUGACCUCGAGCCCGAUGCUCAGUGACACAUAUCCCACCGCAGAAGACGCACAGCACACGACUCAUGUGAAUGCUUUGAGGGCAGCUGCGGAGAAGCUCGGUAGCAAGGCGCAUGUUGUCGAUUUCCCGACGCAGGGUUCAGAGGUGGGAUGUGACUAUCAUCCAAACGCAGCUGAGCAUGAGAAAAUGGCUGCCAUCUUAACUUCAGCUAUCAAGGAGGUUAUGUGGUAA